CUUGCGCUUUCCCGUUUUUUGAUUCAGUUGAUAUUUCCACGUUAAAUUGGACGGACUUGGUCGGUUCUUGUAGACUCCGAGGCUAUUAGAUACAGUAUAAAACAUCCUCUAUCCCAAAGCAACAUCUUCAAUCUUCAACAAUGUCCUCCCCCCUCCCCAAAUCCUACGGCCUCGUCCUCUUCCCCGGCUUCCAAGCCCUCGACGCCUUCGGUCCCCUCGACGUCCUCAACGUCCUCUCAAUCUCACAUCCCCUCUCCCUCUCCAUCCUCGCCUCCACCCUCGCGCCCGUGCCCACCAACAGCCCGGCCAACGGCAAGCUCUCCCCCAACUUCGGCGAGUCCGUCGUGCCGACGCACACGUUCGCGAACCCCCCGGCCGAUCUGGAAGUGCUGAUCGUGCCGGGGGGUUUUGGGCUGCGGAACGAGGCGGUGGUGGAGGAACUGGCGCAGUUCCUGAAGGGGGCGUAUCCGAAGUUGAGGUAUGUGCUGACGGUUUGCACGGGGAGCGUGCCGUUGGCGCAGAGUGGAGUGUUGGAGGGGCGGAAGGCGACUACGAAUAAGAAGGCGUGGGUUUGGGCGACGUCGCCGUUUCCGAAGGUGGACUGGGUUCACAAGGCGCGAUGGGUAGUGGAUGGGAACAUCUGGACCGGCUCGGGCGUGUCGGCGGGUAUAGAUUUGGUCCUCGCGUUCGUGGAGGAGGUGUAUGGGGCGGCGAAGGCGAAGGAGCUGACGAUCGGGAUUGAGUAUGAUAGACAUGAGGAUCCGAGUUAUGAUCCGUUUGCGGAUAUUUGGAAAGUCACAGAGUGAAUCUGGGACACUGCUUAGUCGAUAGAAAAGGUACCCGUAAUGUUAUACCUCUCAGCCGUAAC